AUGUCAAAAUUGGAUGCUUCCCAGGAACCCCAUUAUUUUCCACUUGAAUCGGAGUUUUUCGAAAGGCCCAGAUACAUUACAGGCGUGGAUUCUGUUCCAACCCUAAACCUAUCUUUAAACCAAAUCGACAGGCCUAAAUCGGAACACCGCACCGAAAUUUGCCAAUCUUUAACCAAAAAGCUGCUCAAGGCGGUGUCUACCCCACUUGAUGCUGCACCUGAGCCAACUUCAAUGGAUGGCAUUCAUGCUGAAGAUGCGAACAUUUUGGAUCAUACUUGCAGCUUCUCGCUAUCCGAAUCUGAAAGCAGCGUGGAUGAAGAGGAGAACAUAAAAUAUCACCGACGUUCACAUCAUUUCAAGGGAGUGUCGUCUUAUUCUACAGAGGUGAAGGAUCCCUUCCAUGGCUCGUAUCAUUGGUAUUUUGAGCGAAUCGUUGCGGCUGGCACGAUGGUUACACUUGGCUCUAUGAUUGCUUUACCCUCUGCAUCACACGUUGUAGACGCUUCGUUGAUGGUUUUAUUGCCCGUUCAUAUAUAUAAUGGAUUCUCUGCAGUCAUAUUGGAUUAUCUGCCAAAGAGAAAAUUUGGCGUUGUUUAUACCAUAUUCAAGGGAUCCCUUAUUGUUAUUACUGGCGUGGCUGUUUUCGGUCUAUACAAAUUCAACACCGAAAACAUCGGUAUCUCUGAGGCCGUUAGAAAACUCUGGCAUCAAACCGGUAUGGAAGAAUAG